GUCCAUGUUAUUAUUGUUAUUUUGGUCGCUGGCAGUGUGAUGAGACGGACUGGAGAGCCGUCGGGCUCCAAGACUAGGCUACUGCUCUUCCAGGCCGCCCCAGACUAAACCUCACAGCCACCACCGAAAAAGGAGCACAGUCGCCAACAGUGGGGAGCGCCCAGCCUCUUCGUCCGUCACAGGCGACAAAAACAAUACGGUAUUCGGUAAACCUAACGCUAGCCCCAGACUUGUAUGUGUGCGGUAACACACCGCGACGUGCCUCCGCAGAUAUGAACGGCAUCACCAAGGGCAGGUUCGAGGUGUUCUCCAACAGUGAUGAAGCUCCCAUUAACAAGAAGCUUCCCAAGGAGCUUCUGCUCAGAAUCUUCUCCUAUCUUGAUGUGAUCACAUUGUGCAGGUGUGCCCAGGUAUCCAAGGCGUGGAAUGUCCUGGCCUUGGAUGGUAGUAACUGGCAGAAGAUUGACCUCUUCAACUUCCAGACAGACAUAGAGGGUAGAGUGGUGGAGAACAUCUCCAAGCGAUGUGGAGGCUUCCUGAGGCAGCUGAGCUUGAGGGGUUGUCUCAGUGUGGGGGACGCAUCCAUGAAGACGUUUUCCCAGAACUGCCGUAGCAUUGAGGUGUUGAACCUGAACGGCUGCACUAAGAUCACAGACAGCACCUGUCUCAGCCUCUCCAAGUUCUGCUGCAAACUCAAACAGCUGGACCUCACCUCCUGUGUGUCUGUUACCAACCACUCCCUCAAAGCUCUCAGUGAUGGCUGUCGUAUGUUGGAGAUGUUGAACCUGUCGUGGUGUGACCAGAUCACCAGAGAUGGCAUCGAGGCUCUGGCCCGGGGCUGUAACAACCUACGAGCCCUGUUCCUACGCGGCUGCACACAGUUGGAGGAUGGAGCACUGAAACCCCUUCAGAAACACUGUCCUGAACUAACCACUAUCAACAUGCAGUCCUGCUCACAGAUAACUGAUGAUGGCUUGGUCAGUCUGUGUCGGGGGUGCCACAAGCUGCAGGUCCUGUGUAUCUCUGGCUGCAGUAACAUUACAGACGCCUCUCUCACUGCUCUGGGUCUCAACUGUCCCCGACUGAAGAUCUUGGAGGCUGCGCGAUGUUCACAGGUUACAGACGCUGGGUUUACUGUACUGGCCAGGAAUUGUCAUGAGAUGGAAAAAAUGGAUUUAGAAGAAUGUAUUUUGGUGACUGACAACACACUAGUCCAGCUCGCUAUUCACUGCCCUCGCCUGCAAGCACUGUCUCUCUCCCACUGUGAGUUGAUAACAGACGAUGGUAUCAGGGCGCUGAGCAGCAGUGUGUGUGGACAGGAGCGCAUCACAGUGGUGGAGUUGGAUAACUGCCCUCUGAUCACAGACGUGACUUUGGAGCACCUGAAGAACUGCCACCGUCUGGAAAGGAUAGAACUCUACGACUGCCAGCAGGUCACCAGGGCCGGCAUCAAACGCAUACGGGCUCAUCUCCCAGAGAUAAAAGUCCACGCCUACUUUGCCCCGGUGACACCCCCUCCUUCGGUGCACGGCGGGGGCCAGAGGCUGUGUCGCUGCUGCAUCAUCCUCUGACAGUGGAGGGCCAGGGGGGGUCAGCUCUGCCUGCAGGUCCUACUGCUGUGAACCCCCCCCCAACAAUAACCCACCUGAUCCCUGCAAGAUGAUGAGACAGACCCUGAACCCCACCACUACACAACUACACCCUGAACCCCACCACAAGACAACUACACCCUAAACCCCACCACAAUACCUGGAACCCCACCCCACCACAACACAACUAUACCACAAUACCCUGAACCCCGCCACUACACAACUACACCCUGAACCCCACCACAACACCCUGAACCCCACCACAACACGACACAACUACAACCUGAACCCCACCACUAGAAAACUACACCACAAUAACAUGAAUCCCACCACAACACACCUACACCACAAUACCCUGAACCCCACCACAACUACUCCCUGAACCCCACCACAACUACACCACAACACCCUGAACCCCACCACAACACAACUACAUCACAAUACCCUGAACCCCACCACUACACAACUACACCCUGAACCCCAGCACAACACAACUACACAACUACACCACAACACCCUGAACCCCACCACAACUACACCACAACAACCUGAACCCCACCACAACUAAACCACAACACCCUGAACCCCACCACAACACAACUAUACCACAAUAACCUAAACCCCACCACUACACCCUGAACCCCACCACAACACCCUGAACCCCACCACAACACAACUACACCCUGAACCACACCACAACUACACCACAAUAUCCUGAACCCCACCACAACACAACACAACUACACCCUGAACCCCACCACAACACAACUUCACCACAAUACCCUGAACCCCACCACAACACAACUACUCCCUGAACCCCACCACAACUAUACCACAACACCCUGGGCCCCACCACUAUACCACAAUACCCUGAACCCCACCACUAUACCACAACACCACAAUCCCCUGAACCUCACCACAACUACACCAAAACACCCUGAAACCCACCACAACACAACUACACCACAAUACCCUGAACCCCACCACAACUGCACCACAAACACCCUGAACCCCACCACAACUGCACCACAAACACCCUGAACCCCACCACAACUGCACCACAAACACCCUGAACCCCACCACAACUGCACCACAAACACCAUGAACCCCACCACAACUGCACCACAAACACCAUGAGCCCCACCACAACUACACCACAACACAACUACACCACAACACCCUGAACCCCACCACAACUACACCACCACACAACACCCUGAACCACAACACAACUACACCACAAUACCCUGAACCCCACCACAACUACUCCCUGAACCCCACCACAACACAACUACACCACAAUACCCUGAACCCCACCACAACUGCACCACAAACACCCUGAACCCCACCACAACUGCACCACAAACACCAUGAGCCCCACCACAACUACACCACAAACACACUGAGCCCCACCACAACACAACUACACCACAACACCCUGAACCCCACCACAACUACACCACCACACAACACCCUGAACCACAACACAACUACACCACAAUACCCUGAACCCCACCACAACUACUCCCUGAACCCCACCACAACUACACCACAAUACCCUGAACCCCACCACAACUACACCACAACAUAUUGUACCCCACCACAACACAACUGCUCCCUGAACCCCACCACAACUACACCACAACAUCUUGAACCCCACCAACACAACUACUCCCUGAACCCCACCACAACAACACCACAACACCCUGAACCCCACCACAACACAACUACACCACAAUACCCUGAACCCCACCACUACACAACUACACCACAACACCCUGAACCCCACCACAACUACACCACAACAUAUUGAACCCCACCACAACUACACCACAACACCCUGAACCCCACCACAACAACACCACAACACCCUGAACCCCACCACAACACAACUACACCACAAUACCCUGAACCCCACCACUACACAACUACACCACAACACCCUGAACCCCACCACAACACAACUACACAACUAUACCACAACACCCUGAACCCCACCACAACUAUACCACAACACCCUGAAUCCCACCACUAUACAACGACACCUUGAACCCCACCACAACUACACCACAACACCAUGAACCCCACCACAACACAACUACACCACAAUACCCUGAACCCCACCACAACACAACUGCUCCCUGAACCCCACCACAACUAUACCACAACAUCUUGAACCCCACCACAACACAACUACUCCCUGAACCCCACCACAACACCUUGAACUACACCACUAUACCCUGAACCCCACAACUACACCACAACACCCUGAACCCCACCACUACACAACUACACCACAACACCCUGAACCCCACCACAACACAACUACACAACUAUACCACAACACCCUGAACCCCACCACAACUAAACCACAACACCCUGAACCCCACCACAACACAACGAUACCACAACACCAUGAACCCCACCACAACACAACUACACCACAAUACCCUGAACCCCACCACAACUACACCACAAUACCUGAACCCCACCACAACACAACUGCUACCUGAACCCCACCACAACUACACCACAACAUCUUGAACCCCAUCACAACACAACUACUCCCUGAACUCCACCACAACACCUUGAACCCCACCACUACACAACUACACCACAAUACUCUGAACCCCACCACAACUACACCACAAACACCCUGACCCCCACCACAAACACCCCGAGCCCCACCACAACUACACCACAAACACCCUGAGCCCCACCACAACUACACCACAAACACCCCGAGCCCCACCACAACUACACCACAAACACCCUGAGCCCCACCACAACUACAGCACAAACACACUGAGCCCCACCACAACUACACCACAAACACCCUGACCCCCACCACAAACACCCCGAGCCCCACCACAACUACACCACAAACACCCUGAGCCCCACCACAACUACACCACAAACACACUGAGCCCCACCACAACUACACCACAAACACCCUGAGCCCCACCACAACUACACCACAAACACACUGAGCCCCACCACAACUACACCACAAACACCCCGAGCCCCACCACAACUACACCACAAACACCCUGAGCCCCACCACAACUACACCACAAACACACUGAGCCCCACCACAACUACACCACAAAACCCUGAACCCCACCACUACACAACUACACCAAAAUACCCUGAACCCCACCACAACUACACCACAAACACCCUGACCCCCACCACAAACACCCCGAGCCCCACCACAACUACACCACAAACACCCUGAGCCCCACCACAACUACACCACAAACACACUGAGCCCCACCACAACUACACCACAAACACCCUGAGCCCCACCACAACCACACUGGGCCCCACCACAACUACACCACAAACACCCUGAGCCCCACCACAACCACACUGGGCCCCACCACAACUACACCACAAACACCCUGAGCCCCACCACAACCACACUGGGCCCCACCACAACUACACCACAAACACACUGAGCCCCACCACAACUACACCACAAAACCCUGAACCCCACCACUACACAACUACACCAAAAUACCCUGAACCCCACCACAAUAACACCACAAACACCCUAACCCCCACCACAAACUCCCUGAGCCCCACCACAAACACCCCGAGCCCCACCACAACUACACCACAAACACACUGAGCCCCACCACAACUACACCACAAUAUCCUGAACCCCACCACAACAACACCACAACACCCUGAACCCCACAACUAUACCACAAUACCCUGAACCCCACCACUACACAACUACACCAAAACACCCUGAACCCCUCCACAACAACAACACAACACCCUGCACCCCACCACAACUAUACCACCACACAACACCCUGAACCCCACCACAACACUCUGAACCCCACCACAACACCCUGAACCCCACCACAACACCCUGAACCCCACCACAACACCCUGAACCCCACCACAACACCCUGAACCCCACCACAACACCCUGAACCCCACCAUGACCACAACACCCUGAACCCCACCAUGACCACAACACCCUGAACACCACCAUGACCACAACACACUGGACCCCACCACGACUAUACCACAACACACUAGACCCCACCACUACACAACUACACCACAAUACCCUGAACCCCACCACUACACCACAAUACCCUGAACCCCACCACAACACAUUGAUCCCCACAACAACACAACUACACCACAAUACCCUGAACCCCACCACAACUACACCACAAACACCCUGAACCCCACCACGACUACAACACAACACCCUGGACCCCACCACAACACAACACCCUGGACCCCACCACAACUACACCACAAUACCCUGAACCCCACCACAACUACAACACAACACCCUGGACCCCACCACAACUACAACACCCUGGACCCCACCACAACUACACCACAAUACCCUGAACCCCACCACAACUACAACACAACACCCUGAACCCCACCACAACUACAAGACAACACCCUGAACCCCACCACGACUACACCACAACACACUGGACCCCACCACAACUACAACACAACACCCUAAACCCCACCACGACUACAACACAACACCCUGAACCCCACCACGACUACACCACAACACCCUGAACCCCACCAUGAUUAUAACACAACACCCUGAACCCCCCCACGACUACAACACAACACCCUGAACCCCACCACGACUACAACACAACACCCUAAACCCCACCACGACUACAACACAACACCCUGAACCCCACCACGACUACACCACAACACCCUGAACCCCACCAUGAUUACAACACAACACCCUGAACCCCCCCACGACUACAACACAACACCCUGAACCCCACCACGACUACAACACAACACCCUAAACCCCACCACAACUACAAAACAACACCCUGAACCCCACCACGACUACACCACAAUACCCUGAACCCCCCCACGACUACAACACAACACCCUGAACCCCACCACGACUACAACACAACACCCUAAACCCCACCACAACUACAAAACAACACCCUGAACCCCACCACGACUACACCACAAUACCCUGAACCCCACCACAACUACAAAACAACACCCUGGACCCCACCACAACUACAACACAAAACCCUGGACCCUAUGAACCACACAGUCUUCUUCAGUAGGCAGUAAACAGAAGGUUAUUCAAAAAUGAGAGGUUCUGAAUUUUUCCAAUGAUAAACAAAAAAAUAUAUAAUUCUGUUGCGAACUGUUUUUCUACAGUCUGACUUCCUGAACACGACCCUGGUAAACACCCUGGACCUACUGGUCACUACAGGUCUCUGAUCAAUACAGACUGAUUGAUCACUACUGAUAAAUGAUCAAUUGAUCAGUAGGACUCUUGCUGAUCUGCACCGCAAUCUCCUACUCGGGUGGAGGGAGGGGAGUGUGAGGGGUCUUUUUUCUCUGAGUCUAGCCUCCCUCCCCUUCCAGACCCCUCCUCUCCAACAUUACCCUUCCCUUCCAGACCCCUCCUCUCCAACGCUUGGACUAGAGGAUGAGGGGGUACGAUCCUAAAGAGGCAGAAGUCUCCAACCCACAAGAUGGUGGACAGUGUUAUUCAGGAAGGUGCAAUGGUACAGAACUUGCACAUAGGAGUACAGACGUGACAACGAGCAUUGGUAAUCAUGUCAACUCCAUACGUUACAAUUCAAUCUGCCAAGUUUGAACCGUAUUGUCCUUCUAACCACACAUCUGGACAACGCAUCACUCUGGGUGGACUUCAUCUCAACCGAUCACACGCCACCUCUGUGUGACCGUGCUGUAAGUCAACCUGCUUCGACCACUGGACACCCAGCCUGUGAACGCCAAAAGGAGGAUUCUGGCAAGUGUAGUGAUUCUGGGUGUGAGCAGAGAGGAUGCUGGGAUAGCUCUCUGAGACUCGGAUCUACGGAGGGGACACCACUAAACCCCGCCCAUCCAGGUGCAAACUGAAAACCAGUGCAAAACUGGAAGUACAAAACUGAACAUUUGAUGUUUUUUCUGAGAACUUGCCAUUUGAGACUCAGUUUUUGUUUGUAAAGAGAAUGUUUUGCAAUGAUGGCAAAAAAAGAAUUACAAUAUGGCAACCCCCCUUCGGAUUGGAGUUGGCCAGUAACACAUGUUUAUUUUUAUUUUCCCUCUUUUUUUCCAGUGCUUAUUGUAAUCGUCCCUGCUUGUCUAUCCAGAGAGGGAGAUUAGAUCUGUGUAUCUCUCCUUUUGAAAAUAAUGAAAGCAAACUGUUACUGUUGGACAGAAAUGGACUGUCUCUGUCAGAAGCACAGCAUCUGAUGACAUCGAGUUGUUUUUGUAUGCUACAUCACUGGAACAUGUGUACUCAGGACCUCUUGUGAAACUGUGUGACUGUGGAACACACAGGCCUGGUUCCAAGCUGACCACUAGCCGCUUGUGCACUGUGUGACUGUGGAACACACAGGCCUGGUUCCAAGCUGACCACUAGCCUCUUGACCACUGAGCAACUCCUGAGUCCCCCUCAAAGAAAUGAAAGCCAGAGGUUUGAGCCUAAGUGACGAUCAUGCGUCUUAAAAAAUAAAUACAUCUGGAGCAGUGGAAACAAGCAACGUGGCAGAUACUUCACAUAGUCUACAAGAUGGAGAUAGAGGGCAAGGUUACGGUUAAUUCCACUGUAUUUUCAGAUGUUCAAGGGAGAGUUAAGAAGUGGUUACCAGAAGUGGGCCUUGAUCAAUUUGAGGGCGAGGUAUAGCUAUGUUACUGCUAUGUUACCUACCAUGAGCGUUCUUAUCUACGGCGUUCCCGGGGAUAAAGGGUCAGGGCUAGGGGCCAGUGGUGGGUUUGGGAUGAGGCCUGUGUGUGUGUGUGUAAAAUCUCAGACAGACAGAGGUGUAUCGUAUAUAAUAUGGGUGUUUGACUUAGAUGCUGCUGGUGCUGAGUUGUGAAGCUGACUGACCUCCAGGGUUGGAGUCAAUUCCUUUUCAAAAAUGGAAUUGAUCACAACCCUGCUGACCUCACUACAUGGCAGUGAUACUAACAGCCUCUCUUUGACAGAUGGUCUAACAGGAGUUUUAUGUUGAAGAAAAUAAAUAAUGAAUAAAUAAACAUAACAUAAAUAAAAGUAA